AUGAUAAGUAAAAAUUUAAUUUUAUUGAUUACAUUAUUUGUAUUAUCUUUGAGUAUUAAUGCUCAAACACCAGUAUUUACAUUUACAACAUCAUUUUCAGAGAUUGGAUCAUUUCAAGUAUCAAUUUCAGCUGAUGGUAUAGUUGGAGGUGAUCUUCAAACAAACUUUACAUAUUAUGUAAAUAAUACUAUAUUUUGUGACAAUACACCGAAUACCUCUUGUUUUAUCGAGGAAUUAUUAUCAAAUUCCUAUUAUGAAACUAAAGUGGUUGGUGUCAAUGGAAAUGGAGUAACAAAUACAUCGACUGGUAGCUUUACAACUGCUUCCCAGAUUGUCAUUACAAGUUAUCAAGGUGUUCAAACGCUCAAUAACUAUUUUACAGUCGAAUGGGAAUCAACUGGUGGAAAGGAUGCCGCAUACUAUGAGAUCUCUGUAAAUGGUACAAGUAUGUGUCAAGACACUACGGCUGAUAAUUAUUGUGAGGUUGAUUUGACACCCGAAACUGUUUUAUCAACUCAUUCAAUUGAAUUGAAAGCUUUUUCUGAUCCAGAUUCCAGUGACUCAAAAACAUUUACUUUUCAAACUUAUAAACAACCACUUGUUAGAAAUAUUUCAGCAACCAUUAUUAAAAAUGGUUCAAUUGAAUUAACAUGGACUUAUAUUUAUGGUAAUACAAGUGAUUUGAUUGAUUUUGGAAUUGAUCAUGGAAUCAUUGAAAAUGAUUUAUUAAUCCUUGUUGAAAGAUGGGAAAAUACAACUUUGUAUGUGGAUGAUUUUGAAGGAAGUAUCCAUUACUUUGAAAUCGCUGUCUAUAAUGCAAAUUUCGAUGGAUAUGAAGAUGAAGCCUUUUUCAACUUUACCUCUUGUGUAACCAACAACACUGCCACUGGUUUUUGCUCUGGCAAUGGUAUCUGUCGAAAUGCAACUUUGGGAUGUUCAUGUGAUCAAGGUUGGGAAGGUCCAUUAUGUUCAACCAAGACUGUUGUUCCAAAUUCAAGUGAUUCAAAGAGUGAUGAAGUAUCUUUUGCUUUUACUCUUGAAUCUUCUAUUUUUAUUUCAUUAUUACUUUGUUUAUUAUCUUUAUUAUUUUAA